AUGAUGGCAAGAAUGGCACGCGUUGGCUGGCCACAACGCAGUUUCAACCUUCCAGUGCCCGGCGUGCCUUUCCCUGUUUCGAUGAACCACAGCUCAAGCCGAUCGAAAAUGGUGACAACGGCCUUGGGGAUGAAACGUGUCGCAGUGUGGACAGUGCCAACAAGACAAAAGGAAGACAUGGAGGUUGGGCUGCAGCGAAUGGCUUCCGUUCUCACCUACAUGGAGAACCGCACGGACAUUCCCUACAGCCUGCCGAAGUUGGAUUGGGUGGCUGUGCCAGGCUUCGGGCCAAUUGGCAUGGAGAAUUGGGGCCUGCACAUGUCCCUGGAGAGCGUCAUCCUGACGUCACAAAACCACUCCGGCGCUGUAGAUUCCUUGUUGAUCGACGAGAUCGUGGCCCAUGAGGUCGCGCACAACUGGUGGGGCAACCUGGUGACCAACAUCUGGAGGGAGGAAAUCUGGCUGAACGAGGGCUUGGCAUCAUAUUUUCAGGCGUAUGGUGCAGAGGCGGCUGCGACGGGCGACGGACAUGCAGAGAGGUUCUAUCUUAGGGUGACGGUGCCGGCCCUGCUGGUGGAUCAGGAGUCCGAGGGGUUUAGUCACCAGCUCACAAGGCCCGGCCAAGAUAGGGGGAGCUACUGCGGCGCCAUCGGCUUGCCCCAGGCGACACUGACGUACCUAAAGGGCGCCGCUGUGGUGCGCAUGUUGCAAGCCUACUUGGACCAAAACAUCACUGCAAGAGAUUCAUUUCCUGAGGAGUUUCUGUCCGGGCCUCAAGGCGACGGCGGUCCCUUCCUUCGCGGGGCGCAGACGUACCUGAAGAGGCACAGCUUCGGGUCAACUAACACGUCAGAUUUCCUGGCAGCUUUUGACAAUGCCACUGGUUCGCCUGUGACCGACAUGAUGAGCGCCUGGCUGCUGAAUGGGGAUUACCCGCUCGUCGAGAUAAUGACGAUGGGCGACGGCGGCUUGGGUGUUUACGCCAGGCAGAAUCGCUUUAGGCUGUCAGGCAAACUCUCGUGCUCUGCUUCCAAAGCCAGGUGGUGGAUCCCAGUGCGCUACAAAUUGAAGUCGUCCCCUGAAUUCAAGUGGGCUGCCGUCCCGAGUUGCGGAAGGGUGAAGCUGGCGACUCUGGCGGACGCAAACGACACGAUUGCGGCGAACGCGGGCCGGUCUGGCUACUACCGCGUCAGGUACAGAGAGCCUCUCCGGACGCGGCUGCUGGCGGAUGCGCUGGACACCCCUCCGGGCGCCACCAACGCCCAGCUGACGCACGUGGACUUGGCGGCAAUGUUGGACGACGCAUUUCACAUGUCGUUUGCGGGCGUUCAGCACUUUGAUGCGUUUUUGAAUCUCACGGAAGUGCUCGGUUCUCGAAUGUACACGUCCCACACGCCCUGGGCCAUCGCCCUGCCGCACCUCCGCGCCGCCCGCGACCUCCUGAGAAGGAGCGCAACCUCCCAGGCGUGUGGCGACGAUCUGGAACAGUACGCCAGGGAGCGCCUGCUGGGCCCCAUGGUCCGCGAGGCCAGCAAUCCGUACUCGGGGGCGGGGAGGGGCCUCGGUUUCUCGGUGGGCGCGGACGAGCCGCUGGACUUCAGGCUGAUGCACCAGGGGCUGUUGCAGGAGGCCGGCAACUUCGGCGGCGUGGACGUCAUUUCGAAGUCGCUGGAGAUCUUCUUUGGGGAUGGCGCGGCCAGCCUUCACCCUGACUUGCAGUCCGUGGUGUACAACCUUGCAGUGGCCAGCGGGAACAGCAGCGCGUACGAGCAAGUCAAGUCGCGCUUUCUCGAGGCUGAAGAUCCCCAUGAGAAGAAGAGGCUCCUGCUGGCCCUCACGUACGUCCCUGAUCCAGGGCGCAUCAACGAGACCCUCCAGCUCGCCUUCAACGACGCUGUGCCAGACAGGGACAAGUUUCUGAUCUUCGAGAAGAACGACUUCACCUACACCUACGGCGGCCUCCUGGCCCGAGGCGGGCGGUCCAUCGACGCCGCGGCCGACUUUUUUGCCGACUUCCUCACCUCGCUGUACAACUCGUUCGGCGACUGCGACGUGAGGCUGUGGAUCAAGGGCAUCGCCCGUGCGUUGCUGGACGACGAGAAGUCCCAAAAUUUUGUGCAAGCCGCAAGUCAAGGCUUCCAGCCCGGGCAGCUGGAAGAGCUGACGGCGAGGAAUUCGCAGUGGGUGGCUCGCUACGGGCAAUCCACGUGCCGGUGGCUGAGGUCGCGGAUGAGCUGA